UAACCCCAAAGCCUUCAUACCCUCGAAUUCAUUACAUACUGAUAUUUCAUGAUUUCAUCCACUGUUGCCUUUCCUCUGAAAAGUUGACCAUUUAUCAAUAUCACAAUUUCGACACUUCGAUUUCAGGAACAGUUUACGGGAUAAUCAAACUCUUUCCACGCGAUCGAAACUUGAAUUUCCCAAAAAAUCGAAGGUAUGUUUACGAGUUAUCCUUCAUACAAGCUUUAAGAUUAAAAACUUGUCUUUUUUCACACAAAUUCGAGUGAGAAUUCAGAAUUUUGAAUUUCAGCUUAAAAAAAUUGAGAUUUUGGGGGUUCAGUUGAAUCCACUGAACCCCCCAUUUGAUACAAUUGUACUCACAAUUAGGCAAAAAUGAGUGUGGUGGGAUUCGAUAUUGGAAAUGAGAACUGUGUAAUUGCUGCUGUAAAACAAAGAGGAAUUGACGUGUUGUUGAAUGAGGAAUCGAAACGUGAAACGCCAGGUGUGGUGUCGUUUGGGGAGAAUCAGAGAUUGUUUGGUUCGGCUGCGGCGGCUUCCGCCACAAUGAACCCUACAUCAACUAUCUCUCAGGUCAAGAGAUUGAUUGGUCGUAGGUUCGAUAAUCCUAAGGUUCAAAAUGAUUUAAGGUUGUUUCCAUUUGAGACUUCUGAAGGUCCUGAUGGUUACAUUUUAAUACAUUUAAAGUAUUUAGGCGAAUUGCAGACUUUUACACCUGUUCAAUUGUUGGCAAUGUUGUUCUCACAUUUGAAGGAGACGGCGGAUAAAAGCUUGGAUGUACCUGUUAAUGACUGUGUGAUUGGGAUCCCUUCGUAUUUUACUGUUCUGCAGAGGUAUCUUUAUAUGGAUGCUGCAAAAAUUGCAGGUCUUACGCCUGUUAGGUUGCUCCAUGAUUGCACGGCGACUGCACUUGGGUAUGGAAUUUACAAGACUGAUUUCUUGAACAAGGGCCCGUGUUAUGCUGCUUUUGUUGAUAUUGGACACUCUGAUACUCAAGUUGCUGUGGUUUCGUUUCAACCUGGACAUAUGAAAGUUCUUUCUCAUGCUUUUGAUAGUGACUUAGGGGCUAGAGACUUUGAUGAGGUGCUCUUUUGUCGCUUUGCAGUGCAGUUUAAGGAGCAAUAUGAUAUUGAUGUUUACUCUAGUCGCCGGGCUUGCAUUCGUCUUCGGGCAGCUUGUGAAAAGUUGAAAAAGGUGUUGAGUGCGAACCCGGAGGCACCCCUCAAUAUUGAGUGCUUGAUGGAUGAGAAAGAUGUCAAGAGUUUUAUUACAAGGGAUGAAUUUGAAAAACUGUCGGAAAGGCUAUUGGAUGGAAUAGCUGAACCAUGUCGGAAGGCUUUGAUUAAUGCUGGUGUGUCACCAGAGAAGAUCCAGUCUGUGGAGCUUGUUGGUUCAGGAUCUCGAAUACCAGCCAUUAGUAGAGUUUUGGCAUCUGUUUUCAGGAAAGAACCUAGCCGGAAAUUGAAUGCUAGUGAAUGUGUUGCUCGUGGUUGUGCGUUGCAGUGUGCUAUGUUUAGUCCAAACUUUCGUGUCAAAGAUUACGAGGUUGAGGAUUCACUGCCAUUCUCUAUAGGCUUCCAUUUAUCUGAGGAUGGUCCAAUACAUGCUCUUCCAAAUGGUGUAUUAUUCCCCAGAGGUCAUCCAAUUCCUAGCGAUAAAGUGAUAAAGUUGCGUAAAAGUAGUAAUUUUAAGAUUGAAGCCUUUUAUGUUGAUGAAAGUGAAUUACCUCCUGGUGUUUCUCCUAAAAUCAGCAAUUUCUCGAUUGGCCCUUUUCCUGCGACCCAUACUGAAAAUGCUUAUGUUAAGGCAAAAGCUCUUCUAACUGUCCAUGGAACUGUUACUUUAGUCUCAGCCUCUCUUGUAGGGGGCUAUGACGAUGACCCAGUUAUUAGAAGCAACCGAGACAUGUCCGCAGAAAAGAUGGAAGACGAAUCUGAUUAUGCAGAAAAUGGUGCUGAAGAUAGAUAUUCUGCACCCAAGCCAGGCCCUGCAUCUUAUAGUCACAAUAGGAAGGGUAAAGCCAUGACUCGGUCGUCGGUGAUGAUUGAUGAGACUGUAUAUGGUCGUUUAAGUGGCACGGAGCUUUCAAAAGCUAGGGAGAAGGAAGCUGAGCUUUCCGAGCAGGACUACAAAGUUGAGCAAGCCAAAGAGAAGAAAAACACCCUUGAGUCUUAUGUAUAUGAAACUCGCAAUAAGAUUUUGAGUACGUACAAGGAUUUCACAGCAGAUUCAGAAAAAGAAGGUAUUUGUGAGAAUUUACAGCAGACAGAGAACUGGCUUUAUGAGGAUGGAGAUGAUGAAUCUGCAGAUGUUUACGCUGAGAGGCUGCAGGAUCUUAAAAAGUUGGUGGAUCCAAUUGAAAGUCGAUAUAAAGAUGAAGAGGCCCGGCUACAAGCAGCAAGGAAUUUGUCAAACUUGAUAAAGGAAUGCCAGAGAGCUACACUACCAGCUAGUGAAAGAGAAACUGUACUAGCUGAAUGCACUAAAUAUGAUAGAUGGCUCCAAGAAAAAAUUCAGGUCCAGGAUUCACAGCCCAGAAAUAUUGAUCCAGUGAUAUGGUCAAGUGAUAUCGAAGAGAAGGCAAAAGCCCUUGAAGAGUGGUUCAAGCACAGAUUAAAUGCAAAGGGUAACGCAUACUCAGAUCACAGGAGCACAGGAGAUGAUAUGGAUGUAGAUUGACACAAUAUUUAGACUAAAUAUUACAAUAUGGCAUUACAACAGUCAUGCUGGUGAGCAACAAUGUCUUUUGUAGCUAAAUUUUUGCAAGUUUUUAGCAAAUAUCAGCGGCCUGUUUGACAUAAACACAAUAGAUUCAGUUGAAGUCAUUGUUCUAUUUUAUUAUGAAACGCUCUCUUGUUUUUCCUCACCCCUUCAAGAGAAAAGGGGUAAAUUGUAGCCAUGCGAUGUCACGAACAUGAGGUCAUGAAGAUCUUUACUUCGAGCUAUUCCUCAAUGAAUUAGGAGCAUGCACGUAUUGCUUUUUGUGGAGCAAUGCUUUUCUUAUA